AUAUCUAAUUAGUUACUUGAUUUUCUAUAAAGUAUUUGCAAUAAACGUAAAAUGAGAUAAGAUAAACGAGAUAAACCUCGUUUUGUAUAGCAGAUCAAUAGAACCCAGAGGAUGGAGUCAGUUUAAAAUCCAGAUGUUAGAUAAAUUUAUUAAACUAAGGAGUGCUAGUUAGUGGUGGUCUUGUAUACAGGGUGUUUAUUGUAGAUAGUGAGGAUUUAUUAUUAAUAUUAUUACUGUCAUGUGUUGAAACGGCAUCGACUAGAAGACAUGGAAGAGACGGUCAACACUGUGAAGAAUUAUUUCAAGAAAAAGACGCUGCUGUCGACGUCUACGACGGAAGACGUUUCGAGAUCCGGCGUUCCUCAGCUCGGUUUUAGAGUGUCGUUUUGCGAGAGCUCCAAGGAGCUGAAAGUGAAGGUGAUAGGUGCUAGGCAAUUGCCUACUGAUUAUGGGAGUGUUAGGCCGAGAGGGUAUCUAGUAAAGGUGGUUUUCUACCCCCAAAAACAAAAAUUCGAAACGAAAACGGCCAAAGACUCAUGGCCGACGAUCAACGAAGAAUUCACCUGCAUAGUACUCCCCCUAAAGAAGAUCGACGACUUCUUGAAGGGCUACUUCGUCUCGUUCACGAUCUACGCCAUCUUGGGCAAGGAAGAGGAGGAGCAGAAGCAAAUGGACCAGCCGAGGAGCGUGCUCAAAAAGUACUUUUCCUUCACCGAAGGCGAGCAAAUAUUUUCGCUGAGGAAGAGCAGUUUCAGAAGAUCUGGUAGUCAGAGGAGGAGUAGUUAUAAUGGAUGUUUAAAUAAUAGAAGGACUGUAGGGGCUGUGACUUACAAUUUAGAUAGGAAAUUUUUUACGCAAAAAUUAAGGACCGGUGUGAUAAGUACGCCUGAUAUUUGGAGGAAUGUAGCGGAAAUUACCAGUGGUUUCCAGACUCAACCAAGAGAUGGUACCAAAGGCAGUAUUGAACUAACCCUCCAAUAUGGUGUCAGCGAAGAUGGCACCAACGACGUUGUUGAAGUUACAGUCACCAAAUUUCGAUGUAGCUUACAAACAAUGCAGCUGCAUGAAAAAAUAGGAGGUCAACUCUACAUAAAAAUAACGGCCUUCGAGGACGAAGACUUAAUCCAAAAAAUGAAAAGCGACAAAUUCGAGCCCACCAUAAGUCUAAAACUGGAAGCGCCUGCAUCCACGCUCAGAGCGACAGUCAACAAAUACAACCUAGGACAAGUAAAGAUAUUAAUAAGACUGAUGUCCAGAACCAUUGUAGGAAAGAAGACCAUGCUAGGCAAAAUCGAGAUAGACAGACAUAGCAGUUUUUGGAAAGAAAUCGUAGCAUCGCCUUCAGUAAAUAUCACGAAGAUGGUUAAUUUUGAAUAAAAUUAUGAAUUUCAAAUAUUUCUUAAAUUUCUUGUGUGGCGGAAAUAUCUCUGAAUUGCUUGAAAAUUUGGCGAGUUGGCAACAUUGCAACAAAUGCAAUGUAAAUAACAUUGCAGAAAUUCAAUGAAGUCGAAUUAUGUUAAUAUGUAUGCAUAAAAUAAUUAUUACCAAUUUUUAAAUAUUUCAAGACAUUAGAAAACAUUGUGGACUUGACAUCGUUGCAAUUUGUAGUUAAGAACUCUAAAAUAAUUUAGUGUCCAUUGUGGGGACAUACUCUUAUACCUGUUCCAUUCCUUAAAUAUGUACGUACACGAUUUUUUUAAUUUACUGUGUUUCAAAUUCAAAAUCACUCAUAUUUUUAUAAAGCUGUAUUCCUAUUGUUUUUUUAUUAUUUUUUGUUAAAUGAAUG